CAUCGAGAACGCCGUAUAGUGGUUUCAUCCGCAAGCUUUUUCCGAUCGUACGACAAAAUGCCUCCUAAAGCAAGUGGCAAAGCCGUGAAGAAGGCCGGUAAGGCUCAAAAAAAUAUUAGCAAGACUGACAAGAAGAAGAAGCGUAAGAGGAAGGAGAGCUACGCCAUUUACAUCUACAAAGUAUUGAAGCAAGUACAUCCGGAUACCGGAAUCUCCAGCAAAGCUAUGAGCAUUAUGAACAGCUUUGUCAACGAUGUAUUCGAGAGAAUCGCCGCGGAAGCGUCGAGAUUGGCGCAUUACAACAAGCGCUCAACGAUCACCUCUCGGGAGAUCCAGACGGCUGUGAGACUUCUGUUGCCCGGUGAAUUGGCGAAGCACGCAGUCAGCGAAGGCACGAAAGCGGUGACCAAGUACACUAGUUCCAAGUAAAUUGGAAUUGACGAGAAAAACGGCCCUUUUCAGGGCCAACAAAAGUUCCGACGUUGACUUUUCUCUGGAUUUUGCUUCUCAAAUUUUAUUCUACACA